UCCAACAUAAUGCUUUCAGCUGUCUUCUUCUUCUUGCUGGGUCUGUCAUUUUGUCUGACGGUCCCUGUUCCUCUUGAUGAUAGCCAUGAAUUCACAGAGGAAGACCUCCGGUUUGCAGAGCGCUACCUCAGAACUCACUAUGAUCUCCGUCCAAAUCCCACUGGUGUUAUGAAGAAGAGUGCCAACACAAUGGCCUCUAAACUUCGAGAAAUGCAAGCUUUUUUUGGUUUAGAGGUGACAGGAAAAUUAGAUGAAGAAACAUACGAGCUCAUGCAGAAACCAAGAUGUGGUGUUCCAGAUGUGGGGGAAUAUAACUUUUUCCCUCGAAAACUCAAAUGGUCAAAAACUAAUUUAACAUACAGAAUUGUGAGUUACACUCACGAUCUGAGACGCGCUGAAGUAGAGAGAGCCUUCAAAAAAGCAUUCAAGGUUUGGUCUGAUGUGACACCCCUUAACUUCACCAGAAUACGAAGUGGCACUGCUGAUAUUAUGAUCUCCUUUGGCACUAAAGAACAUGGUGACUUUUACCCCUUUGAUGGACCCUCUGGAUUACUGGCUCAUGCCUUCCCUCCUGGUCCAGACUAUGGAGGAGAUGCCCAUUUUGAUGAUGAUGAAACUUGGUCAAAUGAUUCUAAAGGAUAUAACUUAUUUCUUGUUGCUGCUCAUGAAUUUGGCCAUUCGCUGGGACUUGAACACUCCAGAGACCCUGGAGCACUGAUGUUCCCAAUUUACACUUAUACUGGAAAAUCUGGUUUUGUGCUUCCUGAUGAUGAUGUGCAAGGGAUCCAAGAGCUCUAUGGUCCUGGAGACAGAGAUCCCAACCCAAAACAUCCCAAAACACCAGAGCAAUGUGCUGCAGAUUUAUCAAUUGAUGCCAUAACAAAACUUCGUGGAGAAAUGCUGGUCUUUAAGGACAGGUUUUUCUGGAGACUGCACCCUCAGAUGGUUGAAGCAGAACUUGUUUUAAUUAAAUCCUUUUGGCCAGAGCUUCCAAACAAAAUAGAUGCAGCUUAUGAAAACCCCAUUAAAGAUCUUGUCUUCAUGUUUAAAGGAAAGAAGGUUUGGGCUCUGAAUGGCUAUGACAUAGUUGAAGGCUUUCCUAAAAAGAUAUAUGAAAUGGGAUUCCCAAAAGAAAUGAAAAGGAUAGAUGCAGUGGUCCAUAUUGAUGACACUGGCAAGACUCUCUUUUUUACAGGGAAUAAGUACUGGAGUUAUGAUGAAGAGACAGAGGUUAUGGACACGGGCUACCCCAAGUUCAUAGAAGAUGAAUUUGCAGGAAUUGGUGAUAGAGUGGAUGCAGUCUACCAAAGAAAUGGUUACCUCUACUUCUUCAAUGGACCACUGCAGUUUGAAUACAGCAUCUGGAGUAAAAGAAUUGUCCGCAUCCUGCAUACUAACUCCUUAUUUUGGUGCUAAGUACAGAUGAGUGCCAUGCUACAAGCUGCAGAGCAGCUUUUAGUACAUGGAAAUAAUAAUUCAGGCAUACAAAUUUAUUAGAAGAAAGCAGAGUUCUGUGAAAAAGCACUGGCUACCUAGAACCAAACGUAUACUCAUAUACUGUAUAUAUGGAACUAUACAGCUCUAUGUCAGUCUGGAACUGCAUUAAAUUAAUAGGAAAACAGGAAAGAAAUGAUACUCAUUUUAAGGGGCAUUACACCAUUUAAAGUUUGUCUAGCAUUAAAGUGAGGAGAUGGAUACAUUCUUCACGAUCAUAAACAUGACUAAGUCCCAGCAAUCUAGCAACUUCUUAGAACUGUGUAGUAUUUCUGAAGAAAUAUUGCUAAUACUCCCUGGAAUGUUUUAUUUUAAAAUUAAUCCUUGUGCU